AUAGAAUAGUUUAGACAGCCUCAAACUUUAAAACAAAUAAAACACUUUUUUUUAGGCACCUUGCAGUUUUAGCACCAUAUUCUCUUACAACGUGCCUUCGGCUUCUUCUUCAUCAUUUUCGUGAUCUUGCAUGAAUGAUUAUCCGAUCAUUCCCAUAUUCCAAUCGAACAGUUAAUUUUCUUGUGAAAGAAGAUGAGCUUGCCCAAAAUUGAUCAACUCAAACAGCUUAGAGAAAUAUUUUCAAGAUUUGACAUGGAUUCUGAUGGCAGCCUAACCAUUCUAGAACUCGCAGCAUUGUUAAGAUCUCUGGGGCUAAAACCAUCGGGUGAUCAACUCCAUGUUUUAUUAUCCAACAUGGAUUCAAACGGUAAUGGGACUGUGGAAUUUGAUGAGUUGGUCAAUGCUAUAAUGCCGCACUUGAAUGAAGAGCUGUGGAUAAAUCAAGAUAUGCUUUUGAAGGUUUUCCAUUCGUUUGAUCGUGAUGGGAACGGAUAUAUCACAUUGGCUGAACUUGCAGGAUCAAUGGCCAAAAUGGGACAGCCAUUAACGUACCGCGAGCUGACGGAGAUGAUCCAAGAGGCUGACACAGAUGGAGAUGGGGUCAUUAGCUUUAAUGAAUUCGCUUCCGUCAUGGCCAAAUCUGCUGCAGAUUUUCUGGGCCUUGAUGAUAAUUAUCAGCUAUUAAACGUGGCAUGAUGAAUGUAUCCAUCCAUCUUUCGGUCAAUUUGUACUCGUUGAUGGUUAUUCAUCCACCACACAUGAUUUUCCUUUUUUUUUUUUUUUUAUGGCUGUGAGAUAAUUGUAUUCAUUUAUCAAGAUGAUAAUUCAUAUACCAUAUAAGAGAGGGUUUAGUCUGUAGGAACCAAAUGUAUAUAUAUGAUCAAGAAGAGUCUUCUGAUGCAACAUCCUUUGCUGCCUUUCCAUAGAGGAGAGAAAGGAAGUAUGCGGUGAUUUUUUUCA